CGUCAGCACAGCGCCGUGUAUGGUAAGAAUUUAUGAUGCAGUCCAGCCUCGAUCAACCCGUUUGUUAUAAAUUGUCGGUGUAUUUAAGUUUUAUUUUGAAUAUAUCGUCGCUGUAUUUUUUAUUUAUUCUUCACGCCUGCGUCUAAUCUCAUUUAAACGACCUGCUUUCAUGAAUAUAUACGUCGAUGUUUAUCAUUCAGUUCUAGAGCACAGAUAGGACAAUAGCAUAUACGUCUGUGUUUAUACACUUUUAAGCGGCAUCAAUUUCGUUAUAUUUAUGUAUGUUCGAAUUUUUGUACCUCGUAGACUGAAGAAAUAAAACCGAAGCCAAUGUUAUGUCAAAUAACAAUAGCCGCUCUUUAACAUUCAUGAGCUCAUUAUACAGGGGCAGUGCCUAUUCUGUUUUCUUACAUAUUCAUGUGGAGCUGUAUUAGAGUUAGCGCACACUAUCCGGACAACCAUCCGUGUAUUCAUCCACAUAAACUCCAGUUUAAGACGCACAACGACCUACUGCGUCAUGUUGAGAAAGAAUGGUGCCGGGACGUCCCAACUUAAACCAGACGAUCCCAUGAUAAAAAUGGGGGUCCAGGACGAUGAUGAUGUGAAGAGGAUGCUCCAGGGGUCGUCUAUGACGAAAGUGCGUUCUCCACGCUGGAAGAGGAAGCGCAUGCUAAAGCUGAUGAAUGAUGGAGUCACUGUCUGGUGUGAGUCCAACAAGGCCACCAACAAAGCCAAAAGUCAGCAGUCCUUCUCUGUGAUGGAAGUGGAGUGUGUGCAGGAGGGAUGCAAGUCUGAGACUUUGAGACACCUGGCAACCUCACUGCCAGAAGAGCAGUGUCUUACCAUUGUGUUUAAGGGAGGAAGGAAGAGCUUGGAUCUCCAGUGUGACACAAAAGAAGAAGCCCAGCACUGGGUCCGUGGCAUUCAAACCCUGCAGGAUAGAGUCAACAACAUGACUCAGAAAGAGAAACUUGACAACUGGAUCUAUGGCUACCUGAAACAAGCUGAUAUGAACCAUGAUGGCAAGAUGUCAUACGAGGAGGUCCAGACCCUUUUCAAGAUGAUCAACAUAGACCUGAGUGAAGAAAAUGCAGCCAGUCUGUUCAAGAAGUGUGAUAAGUCAGCAGAUGGGCGGCUUGAACAUGAGGAGAUUGAGCUGUUUUGCCGUGAGUUACUACGUCGUCCUGAGCUAGAUGGAGUGUUUCAGCAGUACUCCGCUAAUGGUUAUGUCAUGUCCACCAUGGAUUUGCGUGAAUUUCUCAAAGACCAGGGUGAAGACCACACACUUGUACAUGCUCAGAGCCUCAUCCUUACCUAUGAGCUCAAUGAAUGGGCCCAGAAGAACCAGUUUAUGACACCCAAUGGUUUUGCCAUGUACAUGCUAUCUAAGGAGAAUGAUGUGUAUAACCCAGAGCAUAGCAGAGUCUACCAGGACAUGAGCCACCCACUCAGUCAUUACUUUAUCUCCUCCUCACACAAUACCUACCUCACUAAAGACCAGCUCAUCAGCGAGAGCAGCGUUGACCCUUAUAUCAGAGCUCUGAGCCAAGGCUGUCGCUGUGUGGAACUGGACUGCUGGGAUGGGGAAAAGGAGCCAGUUAUAUACCAUGGGCACACCCUCACAUCCAAAGUGCCAUUUAGCGAGGUUUUGAAGGUCAUCGCUGAAUAUGCAUUCAGGACCUCUCCAUAUCCUCUUAUUCUGUCUCUGGAGAAUCACUGCGGUGUCGAGCAACAGACUAUCAUGGCCCGGCAGCUGCACUCAAUUCUGGGGGACAAACUGAUCACUAAACCUCUUAAUGACAAGCCGCUUCUGUGCCUACCAUCACCAGAGGACCUGAAAGGAAAGAUCUUGAUAAAAGCAAAGAAAAUCAAAGAGAAUGAGGACAGCUCCAGCUCUGACUCAAGCUCCUCAGAGGAUGAAUUUAAAGCUGAAAGCAAACCUAACACAUUGAAGAGGGACUGCAAGUUGAGUACAGAGCUGUCUGAUCUUGUGGUGUAUACUCACAGUGUUGCUUUCAAACAAUUUAAUCAAUGUGCCAAGAAGCAUCCCAAUGAAAUAUCAUCGUUCUCAGAGAGUGAUGCAUUAAAGCUAAUCAAAGAAACAGGGAAGCUGUUUGUACGUCACAACAGUAUGCAACUGAGCAGGAUCUACCCAUCUGGUCAGCGUGUGCAAUCUUCCAACUACAACCCUCAAGACAUGUGGAAUGCCGGUUGUCAGAUGGUGGCAUUGAACUUCCAAACCCAAUGUGAAGAAAUGGAUCUAAACAGAGGCCGUUUUUUACCAAAUGGCUGCUGUGGCUACUUGCUAAAACCAAGCUUCAUGUGCCAGCCUGAUUCAAAUUUUAACCCGGAAAACACUGGGGGAGGCCCUGGCCACAAUCCAACACUGCUUACUAUCAAGGUGAUUUCAGCCCAGCAGCUGCCUAAACCUGACAAAGAGAAGCUCAGCUCAAUUGUAGACCCUCUUGUAUGCGUGCAGACUUAUGGGGCUCCUAUAGACAACAACACAAAGAAGACGCACCGCAUUGACAAUAAUGGCUUUAACCCCACAUGGGGUUGCACCUUUAAGUUCCAGCUGCAUGUGCCAGAGCUGGUAUUAGUACGCUUUAAAGUUGAAGACCAUGACUACGCCACCAAGAAUGAUUUUCUGGGUCAGUUUACGCUUCCUCUCACAAGCAUGCGGACAGGUUACAGACAUGUUCAUCUGCUAAAGGCAGAUGGCUCUAGCAUGUCACCCUCCAGUCUCUUCAUCCACAUUAAAAUCACACCUGGCUACAGCAGUCCUGCUAGAAAAAUUGGUUCUUGUGGUGCCAGGGAAUAAUGCAAUGAGUUAAAGCACGCAGGAUGCUCUUAUUUGGGAAAUUACAUUUUUAUAUCAAAUUUGAGACCCAGACGAGUGUGAGGCAUUAUCAUUUAUUUAAAAAUGCUGCAGAAGCCAUUUCACACAAUGGAAUAUAAUGUGUUUUUCUUGUUUUCCAGUAAACAUAAGUAAAUAUUCUCAGUUUUUAUUUUACAGGGAAACAAAAUAACUAGACUGAAUACAGUGUAAUAUACUGUAACAUGGACACAGAGGCAGCAUUGGGAUCCAUAUGCGAAAGUUUAUUAAAUACAGAUCUCACAUAAAGAGUCAACAGGCAGUGUGUCAAAACCAAAAUAGCAGUUUGACAUAAAGAGGGCAAAUCCAAAAGGGCAGAGUAGGUAAACAAGCAAUAGGUCCAAACCACAAUUGCAAUCCAAACAGGCAAACAUAGCAAUAGGGGAAAUCCAGGAAAUCAGUAAUCAGAGAAACAGGCAGAGUCAUAAAUAGAGUAGCAGGCAGAAUGAGAAGGGAGAACGCUCAGUAAGGCAGGAUAAACUGCCAAUACUUCGCAUUUGAACACAUGGAGGGCUUCUGGUUAUAAAUCCCUCCAAACAGGAAGUGGAUGCAGAGGAAGCAGAGCAGUUGAGCACAGCGAGGGCUCCCUCUGCUGGUUGGAUGUUACACAUAGCAAGGUAUGACUUGAAUUAAGUUAAGGCUUACCAUUUAAUUGUGACAAUUUCUGUAUAUAUUUUUACUGGAAAACAAGAUAAUAUGUUUAAGAAAAGUAUUAUUAUUAUUAUUAUUAUUAUAUACAUAGAUGUUCAAAUCUAAGCAUAUUCAAAAGGUACAAUGUCAAUGUUGUUAUGUGAUGUCUUAAAAUGGCAAUGCUAUACAUUUAAUAUGUACCAGCUCAUGUUAUGUAAAAUUGUUACAUUUUCCUAACAAAACAUUUUUACUAUGCAGUUAAUAGUGGAAAAUGAAGCAUAUUUGUUGACAAUCACCAGCCAAUGUAGUCCUUAUGUACUUUGUACAAUAAGAGUUCUCUAAAUCUGCUGCACAAGAUGUCAACAUAAGACAAUUUAAGAAAGCAAAAAGUGAUUUUAUUUGUUUUGUUGCCAAGUUAACUCUAAAACAUUUUGAACUCUUAUGUUAAAGUAUUUAAAACACAACUUGUGUAGCAGUUACUUAGUUCCUCAAAUAUUUAUCAUGUAUUUAUAGAAUAGUAAUUGUAAUAAAAUAGUAGUAUUAAUAGAAUAGAAUCUUUAGAGUAUUUCUCUCAAAGUACAGUUUUGGCUUUAGUAGUUUUAGUCUAAUUAUAAAUGCUUGAAAACACUAUGUUCUGUUUGUGUUGAUAUGUUACCUGAUUGGUAAAUAUGAUAUUAAUACUAAUGAACAGAAUUAAUGCCAAGUACUCCAUCAUGUAGCUGUAAGGUCCACGAAUUUGCCCAAGGAAGGUGUCCAAUGGUGGAAGAAAGUUUCCUGCAUUUUUUGUCUCUUCAGCACGUAAUGUUAUUCAAUUUUAGGCUAAACUCAAAUCUGACUCCAUGUUAAAAAUUAAUCUGACUCCAUUUUGUCUGUUUCUAAAUAGUGUUUUGAUAUUUGGUUAUUCUAGUUAACUAGUUUUUUUUUAUCCACUUGUUCAUUCGGGUGCACAUGUAGCUAGCAAGGAUACAUUGUAAUUUACUCAAUUACAGAGUGAAACAGUAUAAGACCAAAUGUAACCAUUUCUUAUCAGUCAGGUAAAUAUGUAUUAUGCCAAUUCAAACACAUCAUAUUAAUACAAAGUUCAAGAAUCAAGUUCUCGGAGACUAAUCUAAAAGUAAAAUGUGCAUACCUGACCUUAAGAAAUAUAUAGUAUGAAGUGUAGGGAAACACUCCAUACUAAGGGCUUUCUGGUUACAGAAUCUCGCUGACCCUUGCUACUUUCCUUUAAAUACCAAAUCAACAUGAGACAUCCCCCCCAAAUGAAGGAAAGUACCAAAGAAUUGGAAUUUGCAUUAACCCAAGUGUCAGACUUGGGUAGUUUACGCCUCAGUGGGAACAGAAGGUAAUUUACAUGGAAUGACUCUUGGAGAGGGCACACCCAUUGCAAUAAAUAAAAUAGCUAUAAAAUCUUCAAAUCUUUGUUAACGUUAAGUUUACUUCUCUAGAAAUAAGACCAUUGUACCAGUCGCACUGAGACAUUUCAAAUGAUACUAGACAUGACUGUUAGUCCACUCACAUUGGCCUUUUUUAUGUAGCAAGCUGAGUAGAAGGAAAGAUUGGGCGGAGGGGUUUUAGAAAGAACCGAAUGGGAAGGUAGUUUCCUACUCCUCCACUCUGUGGGGUGUCUUGAAGAUGUCUUUAUGUUUGCAUUGUCUGUUUCACAGGAAAUAAAAGUAUCUGAAGUUCUUUUAUA